AUGUUAUCACGGCAUGCUGAACGAUACCCCACAAAGGCUGCUGGCUCUCGCCACAUUGAUAUCCUCAGCCGACUUCAGGAUCCGUCGGUAAAUCUCACAGGAUCGCUAUCCUUCCUGAGAGAGUGGACCUACUUUACAGAUCUUUCGAUUCCUGUUUUCGGCAAUAUAACUGCAACUGGACCAUAUGCUGGAACAAGACAGGCCUCUAACACGGGAAGGAUCUUACGGCAACGGUACAAUCACCUUAUACCCGACGGCCGCAGGACAAACAUCUGGUCUUGCAGCUCUCCCCGGGACGUCGAGACCGCGGAGCAUUUCGCUAGUGGAUUCUUCGGCCCAGACUGGAAGUCCGAUGGUUCCGCGGAGCUGGUGAUAAUUCCGGAGGAUGGAGCUCGAGGCGCGAACACACUUACACCAGGAGACUCCUGUCUCAGCUACCGCGAGGACAAAAGGCACGGUCGCGGCCAUGGACACAUGAAACUGGCCGAGUGGCAGAGCACAUUCUCCCGACCCAUCGCCGAGAGACUCGCCAACGAUGCACAAGGAAUGGCAUUCAGCGCCCUCGACAUCUAUGGCAUGAUGGAAAUGUGCGGUUUCGAGAUCCUGGCGAGGGGAAAGAGCCCAUGGUGCGAUGUGUUCGAACAACAUGAGUGGCUCCAAUUUGAAUAUGCACGAGACUUGUUACACUACUAUCGUGCUGGCCCAGGCAACAAAUUUGGUGCAAUAAUGGGUUGGCUGUGGCUCAACGCGACUCAGCAACUCAUGUCCAAUCACUCGUCCAAAGACGUCUACUUCAGCUUUGUCCAUGACGGCGACAUUGUUCCUGCGUUGGCCGCGUUGGGCAUCUUUGAUGAAUCUUUGGACUUGGGUCAUCUACCUUCUGACAGGCUUGUGCCCGAGCGGAAGUGGAAGACCAGUGACGUGGUUCCAAUGGGGGGACGGUUGAUAUUCGAACGCAUAACCUGUGAGACAGAUGGAGAGAUGACCGCAACAGGGCGAAACCAUGCCGUACGGCUCUUCAUCAAUGACGGCCUGAUUGACUUGACCAGAUUUACCGACAUAGUCCCAUUCAGCCACGUAGAAGGCUCUGUCUCGUUGGAGAGCUUCCAAAACACUCUAUCCAACAGAGGAGCACAACUCGGGGAUUUCCGUCAAAUCUGCUCUUUGCCAGAAGACGCACCAGACCGGAUCGAUUUCUUGCAUCAAUAG